AUGGUCGCCACGGCGAGAUCGAGCCGAUCCUUCACCCCAAGAAAAAAUGUCGCGGCCACGGCCAUGGCGAUCCCCCAAUUCAAGAAAGUUACAAGACCGAAUGCGAGCAUACUUAGUUUUUUUCAGAAGACCCAACGACCAGAGGACUCUCUCCGCGUUGGAGCCACACCCGACGCUGCAACCCAUGACGAGCACACAUACAGCCGUGAUGAUGAACACCGCCUCAAUGAGUCGACAUUGGCCAAUAAAAAGAGACGAUUGAGUGACGAGGCUCUUGCAUCGGGAGAAAAUGGUAGUGCCAUUUCUGUCGUGGUCCAUACCAAUGAACCCGCAGACAACGGCAAAGCGAUCAAAAGCGCUAAUUCUCGACAUGACCUCCCUUUCAUCGUGGAUUCCGAUGGUGAAGAUGAGCACGACAGCUGCGACAAGGAUGACGGCAGCGACAAAAACGGAGUUUCUUCUCGUGUUUCUUUGCAGCCGGGGAAAUCUCAGCAAGACACUCAUACACUCCCAAGCCCAGGUCGGCCAAAGCCCCCAGACGGCCCAGAUGUACGAUGCCAAAGUCCCGAGAAGAAGUUGGGCUCUAACCGACAAGGCCAAACGCACCACCUAUUUACAGGGCUCGAGGGCCUUGGCGAAUUAGAUGACUUGGAAUUUGCCGAGUUUGAAGGCGAGGAAAUGCGGGAAAUGAGAUUUAUGCAUGAGCAAGCCCGACUAGAAGCUCUAGAAGACGGAACUUCUAUACCCGAAGACUUCGGCCUAGAUCCCCUUCAAGACGACUCCGCAGCUCAGUCGUGUCCGAUUUGCAGUGCAAGACUUCAUGGCGUUUCAGUGGAUGAAGCGACGAAACACGUCAACUCGUGUCUAGACGGCCAUCCGACACCCCUAUCCGAAGAUAAGCCCCCCAAAGCUGCGUCACCACCGCCCGAGGUUGAAGCUACGGUAAUAAGCAAACGAUUUGCACGUGCUGCAAUCCCACGACCGGGACAGGCAAACCCUCUCGAGCCAGACAAUGAUGGAAACGGGACCAAGUCUGCUUUUUCUAAGCUCAUGUCAAACAAAGCCGAAGACUCAGCCUGGGCGGCCGCAGCCGCGGCCGAGAACGCUUCAAGGGGACGCCCAGCCUACGAAAGAACAUGUCCGUUUUAUAAAAUUAUUCCCGGGUUUAAUAUUUGUGUGGAUGCUUUCCGAUAUGGCGCUGUCAAGGGAUGUGAGGCGUACUUCCUCAGUCACUUUCAUAGUGACCACUACAUUGGUCUAACAGCAAGCUGGGUGCAUGGGCCGAUAUAUUGCAGCAAGGUGACCGGGAGCCUAGUGAAGCAGCAACUUCGAACUGCUGCAAAGUGGGUCGUGGAGUUGGACUUUGAGAAACCCUACGAUAUUCCAGGAACAGGCGGCGCCACGGUCGUCAUGAUACCAGCCAACCACUGCCCUGGCAGCUCGUUAUUCCUCUUUGAGAAGCCCGCCGAGAGAGGGAGCAAUCGUCGAGGCAAGCGGAUCCUUCAUUGUGGCGACUUUCGAGCUUGCCCAGCUCACGUAACCCAUCCACUCAUGAAGCCAGACCUCCGAGAUGCAACCACUGGGAAGUUGAGCCAGCAAAUCAUCGACAUAUGCUACUUGGAUACCACGUACCUCGACCCGAGAUAUUCAUUUCCACCACAGCGCGACGUCAUCAAAGCGUGUGCCGACCUAUGUGCAUCGCUGUCCCCAGAUCCUACUUGUAAGGAAGACUUUUGGGAAAAGGGUGGCAGAGAAGAAGAUACACAAGCAGUCAGCAAGUAUUUCCAAAGCAACAAGCAAAGUAACGAUUUCACUGAGACCAAGGCUCCAGCAAAGUUGGGUCAACGGCUUCUCGUAGUCUGCGGCACCUAUUCCAUCGGAAAGGAGCGAAUAUGCGUCGCUAUUGCCAACGCGCUUAACAGCAAGAUAUUUGCCGCUCCAGGUAAAAUGAAGAUCUGCAACCAGCUCGGCGACCCGGAAUUGACCCGACUCCUCACCUCCAACCCUGUGGAGGCUCAAGUCCACAUGCAACCACUUAUGGAAAUCCGAGCAGAAACUCUGCAAGAAUAUCUGGAUGGUUACAGCGGUCAUUUCAGUCGCAUCGUGGGUUUUCGCCCCAGUGGCUGGACCUACCGGCCUCCAAGUAGCAAACAAAUAUCAGUCAACACUUCGCCGACGAGUAUCCAAACGCAGCAGAUUCUUCAUGGCAAGGGUUGGAGAUCAAGAUUUGGCUACAAGGACUUUGUCGCGCAGCGGGGCAGCACCAAGUUGGCCAUGUGUUUUGGUGUUCCUUACUCGGAACACAGCAGUUUUCGAGAACUCGCCAUGUUCAUAAUGAGCUUGAGAAUAGAAAAAGUCAUCCCUACAGUGAAUGUAGGCAGUGAGAAGUCGAGAAGGAGAAUGAAGGCAUGGCUGGACCGGUGGGCGUCUGAAAGACGGCGAGGUGGCCUCGUCUGCCCCUUGGUAGAAGGGGAAGACGACACCCAAGACAAGGACAUAUGCCUGUGGGAGGAUAAAUCUGACACAUAUUCAAGUGGAUCAAAUGAACCAAUCCAGUGCAUUACAUAUCUCACACUCAACGCCGUUGCCGUGGUUGUCACAAAGUCAGCCAUAACCCUCGCCGGCGUGCCCGCCGCGAAACCCAACCGAAAUGUCGACCCUCCCUUUCCUCCCCCAGUAAGCGUCGGCAGCCUCUCCAGUCACACCUGUUCACUUAGCCUUGGCCUGUUGAGCAGCGGCCUCUGGAGAGCAGUCAGCGAAUACGCCGUCACAGGACCGCAACCCACCGAAGCAGACGGGCUCACCUCUCCGCGUCGCAUCCUCCAGCAGCUGCGUGUCCACCGACCCAGCGGGCAAAUGGACAUAGCGCACCACCGAGCCUCGAAUAAACACGUUCUUGACCGAGCUCUUGACCUCCGUCAGUCCAGCACCACACGGGCCCGCCUCCUCCCCCUCGACUGGGCCAGCAAUGGGCAGCGGGAAAAAGGGUCGGGAGCCAAGCCGCACACAGCACACACCAGCCGCGGCGGACGGAUGGGACGACGCACCAGAUGA